CGUUCUAGCUUGCUCCGAGGACGCUCCGACAACUGUUCGCGUCGCAACACGUACCUCGUAGCUGGAGCCGGUCGAGCUCGCCUUCUUGACGCUGGCCUUCUUCGGAGCGGCCUUCUUUGGUGCUGCGGCAGACAUGAUGGAUGGUGCAAUUUGUUCAGACUAGAGGGUCAAGUGUGACUGGAGUGCUUGCUGACGUGUUCGCGUUUAAGCAGAAAGUGUUUGAUGAGGAUUGAUGAUGGUGGCGGUGUCGGAAGGGAGGUGAUAUUGGGGGAUGAGGGAAAUGAACGAUGGACGAGCUGUGCUUGCUGGGGCAUAUCAGGCUCGAUUGGCGGCGCUCUCACCUGGAUUCUCUCUCUGGUGCGCGCCUGCUGGUGCCUGCGCCCUGCGCCCUCAACAACCCUUCACUUGAUCCCACACUUUCUUUGCUCUCUUUGCCUCUUUGUCCAUGGGCCCGAUCACACCUCUCCUUUCCGCCCAUCCUGCUGCCCGCUCUGGCCUUCGGUGCGAGGCCUACAUGCAGCAGCCGUCCCGCGGCGCUUCAGCUUGCGGGUGCGUUAGUCUCAAUCAUUUCGGCCGUGUCCUCCGGUCACAGCGUAUCCGCCGAUUCAACAAUAGGAACGACAUGGCUCCCUUUGCAAGGUUGGAGCCAAACGCCGGCAGCGCGUCCUGUGAAUGGAUUUGCGCUCGCGCUGAUUCCGUUCACCGCCUGUUCAUUCCAUUCACAAACAGCCUCAGCCCGUGAAGGGAACACCUGUCGCAGGAUGUUGGCAAUACAGUCACAACCCAUAACACGACAACAACAGGGCUAGCCCAGCCACUAGCCAGCCAGCUAACUGUCCAACGUCAACGGUCAACGGUCUUGUGUCAGCAACAGACUGCACAGGGUGUAUACAGUCUGUUUUUUCUGCAUGUGACUGCAAAAAGUCAGGCAGACCAAUGAUAAUGGUCGAGAUGGCCUCUCCACUGACGACGCACGC